UAAAGAAAUUAUUUAAAAAACUGAAUAAACAUAUUUUGGAUAUGUUUGAAAGAUAAAUGUGCACCAACCAAAAAAUAUUUAAACAUAACAAUACCAAACGAAAGACUCAAUUGUUUAAAUUUUAAUGACUUUCCUUCAGAACAAUGGAUUUCCGGGGCCUAGUCAAAUUUAGGACCUGUACAUUUUUACCUUGAACCAAAUACACUGAGUAAUUUGUUUAACCAUGUACUUUUUAUACUCGCAAUUUGUGUCCAUCCAGACACAUUUUACCGAGACUAAUUUGUCGCUUGACAAAAGUUUGAUCUAUAUUUUAUCCGUGAGACUAGUCUGGGAUCCUGGCUCAUUGCUCGACGGUAGACUGACGCGAAGAGGAGGUUUGGUCAGGAUGCCAGGCCAGUGGAGACAGAUAAGUAUUUUUCCGGAAUAGUUCCGACAUUGCACUGGUUUUUAGUACAACCUGGAAAAAUGGUGGACGUUUCAAAAUUGAAAACUGAAACGCAAUAUUGAAAGCUGAACGUUAUCAUUGCCUAGGCAAAUACCUGUAACAUUCCAGAUAUGAGUAAUAAAGGAUAUAUUGGCUAUAACAGCAACAAAAUCAUAAACAACGAGUAUUCAGAGACCCCCCAACAUAAUAUUACUACUAGUUCAGAGAGUAAACAAAAUGUAUCCACUCUUUCACCUACACGUAAAUAUCAAACCUCUCCUAGAACCACCAUCAAUAAUAUAAAUUCUGUUAAAUGCAUCAAUGAAGAUGAAGAUUCUCUUGACUAUUUUGUACCCACACAACCAAAGCGGCGUAAAAUCCAUAUGACAUCAGACAUGUGCCAGAAAUUUGCAGAUUCUCCUGAUCAUGGUGGGAAAAUUUUAACAAAUCCAGCUGGCAGCCAACUUCCAAACACAGAUAUCAAUCUUCAUCAUUUAGCACCACGAUAUCACACAAACAGAAAUUCAACUGCUCUUCAGAAUGCAAAAUAUUCUUUUGGGCCUAACACAUGUAAAAUCAAUUCAAACGAUGUUGGUGGAGAGAUUAAUAACUUGUCAUAUAAAAGUGGAUUAACAUCAAGUUUUAAAUCUGGACAUUUUGGUGGAUUUACAUCAGCUGCAAAAUUGCACAAUGAAAGUCCAGAUCUUUCAUCCCAUUUUGAUAUGAAACCAUCAACUUCUUUUACAGCAGCUGUUUCUCCUAGGAAAAAGUCCAAGACUUCAGUAAAUAUUGAUUCAAGACAGAAAUCAAUUACAACUUUCUUUGGUGCAUCUUCAUCCUGUAAUAAAAGAAAUGAUUCUAAUAAAUCAGAUGCACAAGUCACGAGCUCACAUAUUGUUGUUUCAGACAGUCCUGUUUCAACACCUGAGAAAUCUGAACAAAUCAGUUAUGGUACUCCUGUUAAGAUGUAUUCUCCAAUAAAAAAACUUCAGGGAUCUUCAAAUAUUUAUAUAAGUGAUGACAGUCCUUCUAAUUCACAAAAGUCACAGAAAAGUAAAGUUGAUAUAGGAAACAAUUCAGCUGUGAAACAGCUGUUUGAAGGACAAAAACAUUAUCAAUCAAACAAGACUGCACAGAACAAGAGCAAGAAAUUGAACUCAAAAAGCAAUAGAAGAAACAGUGUUAAAAAGAUAAACUCAAGGGUUAUAGCAUUAAAACAAAGUACAAAAUUUAGCCCUGGUAAUAUCAGCUCUGAAGAUGAUGACAUUUUGUGUACUGUUGUUGAUUUGGCAUCUGAAAAAUAUGGGUUAUUAGGGUCUUCAUUAAGCUCACAACCAGGACAAGAAAUACCACAAAUUGACUACUUUGACAGCUUACCAGAUGAACUCUUAGAAAUAAUCUUUGCUCAGCUUCCUAUGCUAGAUCUUUGCCUAAACAGUAAUAGAGUCUGUAUGAGAUGGAGUCACAUAAUUUCUUCAGAAAGAUUUGUUCCAUGGAAGAAGAAAUAUAACCGGUUGAAGAAAGGGCUGCCAGGAGCUAUGACAGAAAUUAAAAGCAUAUUAGUAGAUGAAAAAAUGAAUAAAUUUGUUGAUUUCUUAACUGGUCUUAUCAGAUACAUGAAGAAAUUCAAACCUAUUACAGCAGGAAAUAUAAUUCAAUGUUUAGAGAAACAUUCAAAAUAUAAUUGGGCCAAGGCUUUAAUGAAGGAAAGACUAACAGACUGUUUAUUAAAUGAAGAACCAAACCCUUGGUGCUGUAUCACUGUCCUAGUCAUUAUAUCACAAACUGUAUAUGACAUACAGGAGAUAAUUCAGUGUUUACUGGUACCUAUCUCUCAGUGUACCUCUAUAGAGCUAUUGGAAUGUCUCUACUGUAUUGCUACAUUCCUGUAUGCCUUCAAGAUGAUGAAAAGUGAUGAUGUGUGGAAUGGAAUGCAUUACAGGCUAUUUUAUGCUCUAUACUUGUAUGAGAAUGCAUCUGCCACUAGUCUUGGUGAUUUACAAACUGCUAUUACCAAUAAAUCUGGACAACAAAGUCUUUUAAAAUACAGUCGCUCAGAUUGUACAGUAAAAAUGACACAUGAACAGAGCAGAAUUGUCAGCUAUAAUGUAGAACCAGGAGAAGUUAUCAAAAUUGUGGCCUUUGCAGGUACUGGUAAAACUACAACAUUAGUCAGAUACACUAAGAUGAGACCAAGCAUGCGAUUCCUGUUGGUAGUUUAUAAUAAGUCUAUUAGUGAGUAUGCUAAGACACAGUUUCCAGGCAAUGUGGUGUGUAAGACAGGUCAUGGUUUAGCAUUUCAGUACACAGGUAGAAGAUAUAUAGCUGCCAAGAAGUUGAGGAAUCUGAAAGUUUAUGAAAUAACCCAGGCUCUUCCUCCCAGAAAGGGAGAUAACUUGUUUAUAAGAGCUAAAUUUGUGAUGGACACAGUGAACACAUUUGUAGCUUCAGCUGACCCCUGUAUUACAAAUGAACAUGUACCAGAGAAAAGAAUGGAUGACAAUGGACAAAUGACAUAUAUAGAUUCUGAGAAAAAAAAUCUGUAUGCCAAAGAUGCUGAGAUAAUUUGGACCAAGAUGUUAGAUUUCAAUUGUAAAGAGGUAGGAAUGACUCAUGAUGGCUAUCUUAAGGUGUAUCAACUGUCCAAACCAAAAUUAUAUAAUUAUGACUGCAUUUUGAUUGAUGAAGCCCAAGACAUGUCUCCAGCUCUUGCUGAUAUACUUUUGAACCAACCACAAGCUAAGAUUUUAGUAGGAGAUCCACAUCAACAGAUUUAUGCAUUUCGUGGAGCUGUAAAUGCAAUGAGUCGUGUGCCAGCUACUACUAUCUUUUACCUCACACAGUCUUUCAGAUUUGGACCAGAAAUAGCACAAAUAGCUGCAUGCUGUCUAGAGACAUUGAAAGAGGAAAAAAUGAAAACACUUGUUGGUAAUGGAAAAAAAUGUGAAAUAACAGGUAAAACAGUUGGCCAGGUAGCCAUCAUCUGUAGAAGUAAUUAUACUGUGUUUAAUGAAGCUGUCAAGAAAUGCUGUUUUAUAGACCAAGACAAUAUUAAAAUAGGAUUUGUAGGGGGAACUGAGGGUUUUGGAUUUCCAAAAUUACUAGAUAUAUAUACUCUGAUGAUGUCACCUGAACAAAGAGAAAAAGAAAAUAGAGUUGUUGAGGACAAAUUUAUACAGAAAUUUCACAAUAUGGGAGAAUUGGAGAAGUAUGCCAACAAAACCCAAGACACUGAACUAUUGGGAAAGAUUAAAAUUGUUAGAACUCAUCAUCACUGUCUUCCUAGUUAUAUCAGCAAAAUUCUCAGUAGAUGUGUGAGGGAUCUCAAGGCUGCAGAUUUUAUAUUGUCGACUGCUCACAAGGCCAAGGGAUUAGAGUUUAGUACAGUCAGAGUUACAGAUGAUUAUGGUGUUAAUCCUAUCCUACAGAUGUUGUUUAGGCAUGUACCAGAAAUAGCACAGGCUAUGCCUGCUAAUGCAAGAGAAAUUAAUAUGGAUGAAGGCAACCUUCUUUAUGUAGCUGUAACUAGAGCCAAGCAUGCUGUUCAAAUGUCUUCUACAGUAAAAACUAUUUUACAGUUAUGUGGUGAGAGAUUUGAACACCCAGUGUGUAGUCAAGUCCUUCAGCAACAGGGUGUUACUAUGAAAUGUAGAGAAACUGAUCAAGAAUUUAAACCUUAUGCUCUCACCAUACAGAAAGAAACUGUAAAACUGAGUGACGAGAAGUCUGUGGAAGGUGGAGUAUUAUCACCAGAUAUAAUUACUGAUCAGAGAGCAAAUAUACGCCAGCUGUAUGGACUAUUAGACGAGGAUAAAAAAGCUAGACCAAAAGAAAACAGACCUGCCUAUGUUAUUAUGGAUCAGGAUGAAUAUGAAGAAGAAGAAGAGGAAUAUGGUGGUAUGAUGGGUGGACUCUUUUAACUCCACUGGAAUGUUUUAGGAGUACCUGUAAGGCAGAUAUUUAGCAAAGUUUUUUUUAAUAUACAGUGAUAGUGUUCGGUUAUUAUUGUAGAGACUUUAUAUGUUUUAAAUACUUCAGAAACCAUAGUCUUUCAUUGUCCAUAAGUUAUUUAAUGAUUUUACAACUGUUUAAUUAGGACCAAUUUCUUUGUGAAUAGUACUGUAAUUUUUUUUUUAAAGUUUUGUACUGAAAAAUGAUUACAAGUUAAGUAUUCUGUUUUCUUUAGCCAUGUGCUAAUUAAUUUUCAUUAGGUUUAAGAUAGAUUAUAUAUUACUAAGGGAGAUAACCAGCUGAUACUCUCUUGUGUUGUCUGUUGUAAAUACAACAUGAUAAAUUUAAAUAAUUACCAGUAUUGCAAAACAGAUUUUAAUUUCAUAUGUUUUUAUCUUACAAACUACUUUGGAGAGCUAAAAUAAAUCUAAUAGACAUAUGAGACUCACUUCACAAGAAUAAAUAUUCAAGAUAGGGCAUUAUUUCCCAUUAGUUUACAAGAAGAAUCAAUAUCUUAUUCUAUACUGAUUGACAUUUUUAUUUUAGUUUAGAAUUAAUGUUUGGUUCAUUUCUAUAUCAGCAUGGCUUAUAUUUUAAUCAAGAUAUCAUGUGUUAAUUAAAUUAUUUUUACACAUUUUUGUAUUUAUAGUCCUAACUUUCACAAUCUGAGGUGUUUCCUAUCAAACAUUUCCUGAAUGUCUCAUGAUUAUCAUACUAUUUAAAUCACUAUGUAACAUUUACUUUGUCAUGAUUAUCAUACUAUUUAAAUCACUAUGUAACAUUUACUUUGUCAUGAUUAUCAUACUAUUUAAAUCACUAUGUAACAUUUACUUUGUCAUGAUUAUCAUACUAUUUAAAUCACAAUGUAACAUUUAACUUGCAGUGAAAACUGUUAUCACUUGUGAUGCAUGGUGCUAUCAUAAACUUUUUGUAUAAAGUGAUUUGUUUACCAACUUAAUGAAAGAUAUCGUUUCAAGUAAGCAACAAAUUUUGUCCAUGAUUUAGAACUAUUUAGAGUUAUUUUUCCGAGUGAAAACAAAUAAAAGUGGCUUUAAUGAUUAUUCAUGACUAUGGUCUGCAAAAUGUAAAUGAGUUUCAUAGUCUUUAAAAGUUCACCUUUUUUAAAGCUCUUUUUACCUUUUCUUACAUAGAGACUGCAUUAAGAUUAAAACCUCUCAUAGAAAGCUAUUAUGGUCUGAGGAAAUUCUAAUCUUUAGUUGUGUUUUGCGCAUGAAUUUUCCUAUAAAACUUAUCGGUUAUAACUUAAAUAAAUAUGUGCAAUAAAACAAAGAUUUUAUUUACAUCUA